CAUGCUGUGUGUGUGGAGGGGGCGCCAUAGUUGUGUAUGGAGUCCUGUCAUGGGUCUAGUAUAUAGAACGGCACCAUUAUCUGUACACUGAGAUAUGGAAGCUGCUGGCUGGCAUAGUACUGUGUCAUAUUCCUCAUUGACAUAUGCCAGGGCUGUCACAAUGACUAUUGUCCUGGGCUUUGAAGGAAGUGCCAACAAGAUUGGAGUGGGAAUAGUUCAGGAUGGGAAGGUUCUAAGCAAUCCACGAAGGACCUAUAUCACCCCUCCAGGACAAGGUUUCCUGCCUAGUGAUACUGCACGCCACCAUCGAUCAUGUAUACUGGAUGUACUCAAGGAGGCUCUUGAAGAGGCGAAUGUGCACCAAAAUGACAUAGACUGCAUUGCUUAUACAAAAGGGCCUGGCAUGGGAGCCCCUCUGUUGUCAGUAGCCAUAGUUGCACGCACAGUUGCUCAACUGUGGAAAAAGCCGCUGCUGGGUGUGAAUCACUGCAUUGGGCACAUUGAAAUGGGGCGUUUGAUUACGGGAGCUGAAAAUCCCACUGUGCUGUAUGUUAGUGGAGGCAACACGCAGGUCAUUGCAUAUUCUGAGCACCGAUACCGGAUAUUUGGAGAGACAAUAGAUAUUGCUGUAGGAAACUGUCUCGACCGCUUUGCUAGGGUUUUAAAGAUUUCGAAUGACCCGAGCCCUGGAUAUAACAUUGAACAAAUGGCUAAGAAGGGGAAAAAGUUUGUGGAGCUGCCUUACACUGUGAAAGGAAUGGAUGUGUCCUUUUCUGGUAUUCUGUCAUAUACUGAGGAUGUUGCACACAAGAUGCUUUCAUCUGGAGAGUGUACACCUGAAGAUCUUUGCUUUUCCUUGCAGGAAACCCUGUUCUCUAUGCUCGUGGAGAUAACAGAGCGUGCUAUGGCUCAUUGCGGUUCACAAGAAGUAUUAAUAGUGGGUGGAGUAGGAUGUAACAUACGGCUACAAGAAAUGAUGGAAGCAAUGUGCAGAGAACGAGGUGCAAAGCUUUUUGCCACAGAUGAGAGAUUCUGUAUUGAUAAUGGUGCAAUGAUCGCCCAAGCAGGAUGGGAAAUGUUCCGUUCAGGUCAAGUAACAGAACUUCAAGAUUCCUGGAUAACUCAACGGUACCGGACUGAUGAAGUGGAGGUGACAUGGAGAGACUGAAAUGAAGCCACCUAUAAUAUGGGGGAGAUUUAUCAAAGCUUGUGCAAAAAAAACGUUCAGCAGUUGCCUAUUGUAACCAUUCAGAUUCCACUUUCAUUUUUAAAGAUUAAAGCUGGAAUCCGAUUGGUUGCUAUAGGCAACUGUGCCAAUGUUCUCCUACACAAGGUUUGUGUGUGUUUAUAUUGGAACCUGGGUUUAAAUAAUUGAGUACCAGUACUUUGUCCACUUUUAGCAGGAGAGUUGGCAUAUAUCUUAAGCUCUGUUAGGAUCUGCAUCAUUGUUUCAUAAACGAAAGGCACAAGGCAGUGCCAGAUUCACUGCACCAUUGUGACUUGCAGACCCCAUUAAAUUAUAAUGGGGGCCUGUGGACUGUGAGUCUAUCAACCUAAUUAGAAAAACCGAGCUACAUGCUAUGCUAUUCUUCCCACCAAAAGCGCCAGAAUCUGCAACAGAGACACCAGAGGAGGUGUGAACAGAGCCUUAACCGAUAAUAUGUCCCACCUGUAUGUUGGCUUGUAAUUUUAUAUUGAACCAAUUUUUUUUUCUUUUAAUGGCAAUAAAAACUAUGAGCGACAGGA